UCACUGUCCACCGCUGCCAUUGCAGACGCCGACCUAUUUUAUCACCUGUUAUCAUAUGCAGUCUUUUUUCGUGGCCGAGCAGCAGCCGUGUGAGAUCGAUUUUUCCGAAACUUUUGUAUCGUUGAUGGUUCGGUCCAAACGAAGUGUGUUUGAUCCGGUGAACAAUGCCAGAGCGGCUGAACGACUACGAAUGAAGCGCCGAGAUGAAUAUCGGGAGCAACAAGCCAUCAAAGCCGUCCAAAGGCACCUCCAUGCACUUCAAGAGGCUCAAGCAUCAUCGCGCAAGCCCCGCCGGCGGCAGAGCAUCGCCGCGGCUGCAAGUCCCGCGCCGCCUGCCGCCUACUUGACUUUUGAAGCUCCCACAUCCGAGCCUAUCCCUGUACCAUUGCAAGCAGCUGCAACCCCCGUCAGAUCGCGCAGAAAGGCCACAGAGGAUCUGGUCCCCGGCUCCCGUGAAGCGAAACGCCGGCGCGAGGAAGCGGUGCAGCUUGGCUGCGAAGCUCUCGUCGCUGCUGUCGCGCAGGUCCAUGGCCAUGACGACGCUCUGGUUGCCGAAACAGCUCAGGCUGCUGCGCAGAAAUACGUGCCAUCUGUCACAGCUGGCACAGUGGCCCAGAUCCGCCUGCAGUGCACAGCAGAACUGCUGCCCAUUCUUCCAGACCAGACACCGCAGCUUCUUGGAACGGUCGCCCAUCACAAAACCAAGGACAUAUUAGCAACCAUGCCUGGUGUGACGCGCUACGCUGUGCAACAGGCGCGCGCGAACAAUCUGCACUAUGGAGUUGGCCAAAUCGCUCAGCGGACGCCAGCCACGCCGCGCAAGUCGCGCCCUCUAGAUGCGAGCGUCCGCGCAUUCACGCUGGAUCACUCAGUUCCCAGUGCUCACAAGACAAAGGUGGACCCUGUCACUGGUGAGGCGAAGCCUAUCGUCUACCUGGAAACAUCGAUGCGGAAGAUGCACGAAGACGCCCAGAAAAACGGCCUCCUGUGCUCUUGGAGCGUGUUCCAGCGCGCUCUACACGCAGGAGAGUUUAUAUUCCAGCGGCGUGUUCCUGAAAACGGACUUUGCGGCAACUGCCACCGAGCGUUCGCGGUUUUUAGCGAGGAUAUCCCUUUUCUGCUGCAAGAACUGGAACGAUUGACGAUCGCUUUUCCGGACGCACAUACGGCAGGGCUGCGUCUACAAGGGCUGAGGGACCAUCUUUUCGCUUUGACAGCUGAUCCAACCAAGCAUUACGACCACCCCUUCCACUGCCUCGCAUUCGGGUUGGACGACUGCCAGCAGCAGCACCACCUCGGCGUGCUCAGCAGUCCCCAGCCGUGCCCAAUCUGCACCCAAGGCCUCACUACCCUUGCCGAUCUGAGCCUGCACAUCGACGCCCAUCUCCCUCAAAACCCCGGCGAAUGCGCCGAUAUGCAGACCAUCCUGGAGCGAGGAUGCCAAACUCUUCAGCAGUGGGUGGCGCACCUUCUCCGCUCGGCUCAUACUCGAUCCCUCAUCAACAAGACGAUCAACAACCUAGGUCCCGGUCAAGCUGUGUUCUUGUGUGAUUUCAAAAUGAAAAUCAUGCCAGAUAACUAUCGUCAGAGCAGCCAAGCUUUUUUCGCGAAAACUGGGAUCUCUUUUCAUGGAAUAGUGUUCUUUUUCCGUCAACCCAGCACGAACGAAGUAGCCAUGCUUCACUUCGACGCCUGGCUGCCCGAUGAAAAACAGGACUGGAUUCUGAUCAUCCAUCAUCUGCAAGCUGUGUUUGCAGUCAUCAACUCGCUGAUCACAGAGGGACGAGUUCCACCAAUCAAUACUGCCUCUGUUGUUACAGACGCAGGUGCACACUACGUCAACUCGCCAUUCAGCGUCUUCCUAUCCAGUAAGAUGCAUACUCAAGCGAGUUUCGACAUCACCGACCUUUGGCACUUCGAGGCUGGUGAAGGUGAGGAGCAUGUCGAGCUGUCGAUCCCCGAAUCUUCAAGCGUACUGAUAAGUUGUACAUUUCAAACAGGCAAGUCACGCAUCGACCUUCACUUUGCGCACGUCAGCGCAAAGUUCAGCGAGUUCAUGAAAGGUGGCAACUCAAUUAACAACGGCAUGGAUGUCGAAAAAGCGCUCGCUACGAUGCCAGGAACGACUGUCCACCAGCUGCACAUUGACGAAGCGACGCGUCGCCGCCUUCAAAAGGUCCCAAAGAGUAUCCCAACUCUGGAUCAGGCAGGUCACAUCGUGUACAACAACGGUGGCAUGCAGGGAUUCCGACUGAGCGACCGCUGCAUGCUGUUCGAGUACACUGGCGAGCGGCUGCGAGAAGUCUAUCGCCACGACUUCUCGACGCACCUGACCCUUGGCCAGCAGAACAGUCCGCAUUGGAGCAACAACGCCGAACACCACGCCCAGAUUCGGCGUGAACGAGACUCCCACCCCGAGACUGCUGCCGUUUCUCCAGCGACCCCCGAGACUGCUGCCGUUGGUACAGCGACGUCCGAGGCCGCCGCCGUUUCUCCCGCGACGUCCGAGACCGUCGCCGUUUCUGCCGCGACCUCCGAGACCGCUGCCGUUGGUGCAGCGACCCCCGAGACUGCUGCCAUUUCUCCAGCUUCACCACGCACUCCAUCCAAUCAAGUCCCACUGAACGGUUCCCUUCAAUUCACACCAACGAUGCUCCACACCAUCAAUGCAGCGCCAGUGUUGAUGAAGGGGACCAAGACGUGUGGACCCCAGUCCAAGACGCGCAAGUCACUUGUUUUCACUCCGCCCACUCCGAGCAAAUCUCCCAACCUCCAAUGUCCGAAGUGCAGCAAGCUGUACAAAAGCUCUGCCUGGCUGAGUCGUCACAUCCAAGACUGUGCGGUCGCCUCCAAUGCUGAACUAGGGCUUCCUGAAGACGACCCGGGAAGCGAAUUGAUGGGCACGCAAUCGGCAACUGCCUCCAACGCGGAAGAAAGUGGCUACCACAGACGACUCUUUUUCAGACGAGGAUGAAGCUACAGCCGCUGCAUCUUCAGAAGGGGCAAGCUCGGCCUGGGUAUUGACUUGCGGCGAGGAGUCCUCGCCAGAGCCAAUGACGAUGCCGGCCUCGAUGCGUGCACUCUCGGCCAAAGCCAGCCAACCGCUGUUUCGACAUGAUUUCACAACAACUGAACCGCAGCUGGCGAAGUUGCAGAGCCUCUUUCCUGCUGGUGAAGGUUUUGUUACAGAGCCUGUUCCCGUGAAUCGCACAACCGAAGAGGCACGAGCACCCAUCAGAUUCCUGUUUGAGUGCGCGAGAGCAAAAAAUGAUCGCAUCUUGCCUGCGGACGCUUUGCAACUCGUCAUGGACCAGGAUGGAGAAUUGCGCUGCCGGGCGUUGCAGAUUGAUUUCCCUCACGUCAAGUCCUGGCUUGCCCAAUGGGCUCGCGCCCCGCCUACAAACCAGCCGCGCUCGCUAGCAGCCAACAGCCCGCGGCUUGAAACUGACGAGGUGACUUUGGAUUCGUUGCCUCCGAAUGCCAGAUGGGGAAACGAUUCGGAGAACGAGGAGCUUCCCUCCUGGACAGCGGCCGGCGACAGCGAUUUCAGUGUUACAAGUCCUUCUCGUUCGCCUCGGCAACGUCGAACGCGACGGCGGGUGACUGCUGCUGAGGAGGACUGAUUUGCUGGAAGCGUUCUGGAUCGGCGUGCCAGCAUUGGCCCGCUGGCACGCCGCCUGUGUUCCGCGAACGUUGUUUUGAAUGUGUAGUGUUAUUUUGUGCGAAAUAUUACUGUUGCAUGCAAAUGGUGAUGGUUGGGAAGUGCUGAUGUUAACUUGCUUGGGCGCGAUCGACA